UACGCUCAUUCAUAUCCAACACAAGACUCUCUUGCUCUCUCUCUCCUUUGAGCGACAGAGCAAUGAUCAGGGAACAUCACCUUGAACCGCCAUGACGGCCAGAAUUACCUUGAAAGACCUCAUUCGAGACGCAGGUAUCACACCUAUCCCUACCCGGCAACCUCUUCCAGCGCCUUCACAGCCUGCCAUCAUUGCUAGCGAGGACGACCAUGCAGUAGCGCGGCAAUUGCUAGUGCAGCAGCGCAGAAACAAUCCUGAAUACAAAGAUCCCAACAAGCAGUUGAAACGCAUCUUCCGCAGUUCGAAAGAGAAGGAGAAAUUGGAGAACCCGGCGCGCUGGGAAUUCACUCAAGCGGAACUUGAUGAAGCAUUGUCGGCUGUUGUCGACCAACCGACAAGCAGUCCCGGGCUGGUCCAGGCUUUCCUGAGUCUGGGAGCCAAAGUCAACUUUGUCGACUUGUCGGAUGACAAGAAGCACAAAAGCGCCAAACAAUCCAAUGUGUCCGUUCGAAGACGGACCAAGGUGUUGCAACGUGCCACCACAGUCCGUAGGGCGGAUUCCGUAGGACUUCUAGCGAGUGCUGGAGCGGACCAGACGACUUUGGACGAAGCAUUAAAGACCGCACUCGCUGCAAAUGACCAGGCCUGCAUCCAAGAGUUAUUGCGACAUGGAGCAGAUGUCAAUAAAUAUCCCAACGCUCUGGCAGAUGCGGUCCGGUCUAAUGAUCAAAAUCUUGUUCGACUUCUUCUAAGAGCUCCAAAGGCGUUUAGGACCGAGAUAAUCUCGUCAACAUUGGCCGCAGCAGUCCAACUCAAAUCCGAACAGAUUCUGUCGUUGCUUCUGGGCUAUGGAGCGGAUCCAAAUUUCAAUGGGGCCAGUGCUCUGUAUAUGGCGAUUUUGCAGCGCGAUUAUCGAUUGGCCGUCGCUUUGGUGGCAGGCCCAGUUCGACCGAUGCCGGCUUCAUUGCAAAAGGCCCUCGAACCAGUGCUCCGAAUGCCGACAGUGCAAGAACUCUUCCAAUACCUUCAACUUCUGUUCUGUUGCGGCUUGCCCCCUAACUCUGCUGGUCUCUCAGUUUUACUGGCUGCGGCGUGCAAGACGAACGAUGCCAGCCUAGCUUCUCUGCUACUCGACAACGGUGUCUCGAUAACUGCGCAUGGAGUGGAGUGUCUUCAGAGUGCUAUCUCAAAUGCCAAUUGGACCCUUGCUAGAAGGAUGCUACAGAUCCCCUUAUCCCCUGCUGAUGCGUCCCGGACACUAGCUCGUCUUCCGACAAAUGCGCCGAAAACAGAACGCCUGACACUUGUUGAUGCCUUACUUCGAAAAGGGGCCAAUGGGCCUCCUGUUGAAGCGUGGCUCACUAUAGCUGUACAGGAGAAGGAUACCCCCUUAAUGGAUCUAAUCGUCAAUGCUGGGCCAUCUGUGGAUUCGAAAACCAGCGGGGCAUUGCACGUUGCGUUGCAAAGAAAGGACCGCCAGAGCAUCGAAUUGCUCCUACAGGCUAAGCCAACACCGCAGGCGCUCUCCCGAGGCUUUCCGUUACUAUGGGAAGGUUAUAGUCCCUCUGAGCGACAGGAGACUGCGCGUCUUCUUCUUGAACAUGGCGCACGUGGACCUGAAGUCGACCAGUCUCUCGUGCGGGCGGUAUCAGAGAAACCUUCGUCAAGAGAUAUCAGUCUAAUAAUGGAUCUUCUACGCUAUGGUGCUGAUGUGGAGUAUGAAAAUGGAAAAUGCAUACAAGUCGCCGCGGAGCAUGCUGAUCUUGCUGUGUUGGAGUUGCUGUGCAAGCGAAAAUUGUCUGCUCGCAUCACUUCGGCAGCGCUUCCUCUGACCUUCGAUAAGAACGGGCGCAGACGUGAUACUACUUUGCGAAUGAUCGGAAUGCUUCUGGCGCAUGGUAUUGAAGAUCCAUCGGCACUGAAAGCUUUGCAACAAGCCGUAAGAGGAGGGCCUGCGAACAUCGACAUUAUUGAUCGAUUCCUUGAGGCAGACGCUCGUCUCGUACCGUCAGCCCUGAGCUGCAUAGCUGCAGUAGACGACCCAGAAGCUCGCAGCUCAUUGUUGGUUCAUCUACUCCAAAGGAACCCCUCCCAGGAGACUCUCAAUGAGACACUGCUUAACGAACUACAAUAUGCGCUAACCCACGGCGUGACGUCCACUGUGAAGCUUCUGCUUGACUGUAAUGCCUCAGUCAAUCAUCGAGACGGUGAAGGUCUCCACGUUGCAGUAUCCGCCGGUUCUGUUGCACUCACCACCAUGUUACUAAAAGCACGGGAACCGCCGAAUCGGUCUACCGUAACGAGGGCAUUUCGUGGAAUAUUCAAAGAAGGAACCUCGAGUAACUCUGAAGGCUUAAACGACCGAAUAGCCAUCAUAGAGGCACUGCUUGAUAGCGGAGUUGAUCAACCCGCAAUCGAUUCUGCCCUCCGGAUAGUCCUUGACGAGACCUCUUCGGGCAGUGACUACGGAAAGCUUGUAGACCUGCUUUUAGGUCACAAUGCAAGCGUUAAUACCGCCGAUGGGACCUGUUUCGUGUUCGCUGCACGCAGGAGGGAUUGCAACCUCUUAGACAAACUGUUAGGCCACAAUCCCGACUUCAGCGUGAUUGUUCCGACGCUCUUGGCCUCUCAACUACCAGAAGAUGUCCUGAUCCGUCUGUUAGAAAAGUGCUUCACGCAUGGCCUCGCCUUCCAAGCUCUGGAGACCACAGGUGAUAGAACCCCACAUAUACCUGUCCUGCUGCUGGCAAUGCAACAUUUCCCCCGAGGGAGUGCUUUGGUUCAAUUACUCUUGGACCAUGGGUGCAAUCCGGACGUCAUAGUUUCCGGGAUUGUUGAACCCGUUCUAGGCGCAGAGCCGGUCUCAGCCUUGAUAUGGGCCUUGUCACAGCCUCAGAAGACGGUCUCGACAACUGUUAUCCAAGCUCUCGUUGCUGCAGGAGCGUCGCGAACCCGUACAGCGCCUCUGUCGGAAUUAAGCCCCAUUGCGCUCGCAGCACGGGAAGGUCGUCAGGAUGUUGUGCAGAUGUUGCUUGAUCAUGGCGCUGAUGCGUCGGUUCGCGACAAAUGGAAUCGAUCCGCGCUUUUCUAUGCAAGCAGUGGCUCUUUGCCUUCGCUCGUGCAGACGCUUGCACCUCAUGCCCUCAGAGACGACGGCAGCCUGCACGAGGCGGCACGAUGCUUACAACUGGAUAUAUCUCGGAUUUUGAUCAAAGAGGGUCAUAAGCCGAACUUCCCUUGUAGACUUCAUGGCGGACGGAGCGCUCUAGGAGAACUUUGUCUUAAUGCUGAAGUAACAAACGGGAUCCAGCGGACCAAGGCACGCCAACUGAUCAGGCUCCUGCUUGAACACGGAGCCAAUCCCAAAUUCAAGGCCCGUAAUGAGAGAUCAUCCGUCAUUCUCGCUCUCGAUAACCCGCGCAGCCCUCUUGAAGUCACAGAGGCACUCCUUGAUACUGAAGUAUGGGAAGAAAUCAACGACGAGAAACACAUGUUCAGAGACGAGAAGGGAUUUUGGUACUCACCCAUCAAAUACGUCGAGCUAGUCCCUUCAGCGAGUCGAGCACGUAAUAAGCAAGACCUCACCGAACUACUCCGCGACAAAGGGUGCGAGCCCAAAUUCUACUCCGAAAAUCCCGAGCAACCCGAAGGAGCAGUCGGCAUGCCGGCCUCUAUUGCAGAGCUAGCCGAUCGCCAGAAAGCCCACCUUCUCUCGCUGAAGCUUGCCAAAGAAGCGAAUGACCAUAACCGAAUGCUUGAAGAAGCAAAUCACCGUGAUAUGCUGCGCCGCAAAAAGGAACACCAGGACGCCGACAUGGCGGUCGCCGCCGCAGCACAGGCCCAAUGGCUGGCUCUUGAGCAAGCCAAACACGAUUUCGAAGUCGAGCGUGUCCAGUCUGCAGAAAGGAUGAAGCGCAAUGAGAAGAUCACCUGGCAUAAGCUGCAAAUGGAGCAGGAGCGCGAGUCUGCGGCUCAGAGACAGCAGAUCGAAGAUCGUAAGGCCAGCGCUACCUUUGCGCAUGAGGCGAAGCUGGCGAAGCAGCGGCAGGCGGAACUGGAGCAUAGGGCAGGAGUCGAGCGGAAAGCUCUGCUGGAGAAGGAGCAACUCUUUGAGAGGAACAUGAAUAGGCAGAAGCAGCUGACGGAUCGGUUAGAUGAGAGUGCGCAGCUGCAUGCGAGGCUUCGGCAGGAGAGGCCCGCUAUUGAACCAGCGAAGUGGGGAAGUGUGGACUGAUGGGAA